UUUGAAUUUACUGUUUUGUCAAAAUGUUUCGUCAAAAACCCAGCGAACGAAGUUAAAUUAAUGAAAAAUGACAAGCAAAUAUCAGGAUAUUUCAUUUUUGGAGUAAUUUCAAAAAAAUUCUUUGUUCGAAUUAUUUUAGAUUUUUCUAAACAUGGGAAUGGAUGAAAAACCAGACAAAGAUCAGGAAGAACAUCAUUUACAUGCACUAAGAGAAUGGCUUGAAAGGCAAGAGUAUUUACCUCAAAAUAUAAAUGAUACAUUUCUAAAAAGAUUUCUCAACUGCUGUAAUAACAGCGUAGAGACUGCUAAAGGUCUGAUAGAUUUGUGUUUUACAAUUAGGUCUCAAACUCCAGAAAUUUUUGAAAAUAGAGACCCACUUAGUCCGUCCAUUCAAAACAUCAUAAAAACAUCAGACAUGGUUCCUUUACCAAACUAUACAGACAACAAUUAUCAGGUUUUCAUUUACAGACUUUGUGAUCCAGACCCUGACAAAUUUGUGUACGCUGAUUCGCUGAAAACGUUUUUCAUGUUUUCUGAUUUGCGUAUGCUAACAGACAUCAACUUGCCAGACGGGGAAGUACCUAUAUUCGACAUGUCAGGACUAUGUUUGCGACAUAUAUCUAAAGUUUCACUACAUUUAUUAAAAAAGUAUAUGCAAUAUACUCAGGUACAUAAUUAUUAUUUCUUUUAUUCGGUCGCUAAUUAA